AUGUCAAAUAAUACUCCCAAUCAAUUUAAAUACACUCCCUACAAUGAACACCAAAAUAUUUAUCCAAUUGUAUGUUCUAUUUUAAGUAAAUAUAAAGAGACAGUAAACUCCUUGUUAGAGAAUUUAAAACAUUUCACACCACAUGGUGAAUCUUAUAAAAAAGUUUACUGUACUGAUGGUUAUAAAAGAGGUUGCUAUACUGGUACUUAUCAAACUAAUGACAUUAAUAGUCAAAUCAAUGACAUUAAUAGUCAAAUUAAUGACAUUAAUAGUCAAACCAGUAAUGUUAAUAGUCAAAUCAAUUACAUUAAUCAAGUUAUUAAUUAUUUAUUUCAAUGUGGUAAUUCUAUUCCAAAUUUAGAUGGAAAUAAUUAUUAUGAAGUGUAUAUACUCAUUAGUAAUAUCUUCAACCCAUUGGUAAUUUCAGAAUUUUUGAACUUAUAUUAUGAAUAUAUGUUCAAAUCAAAAUAUGAUAGUGAUAAAUUCAAACAAGAAAUUGAUGAGUUAAGAAAAAAACUUUUGUAUCUUUUCUAUAAAAUUAUAAAACCCACUAUUUAUGCAACUGAAAAUUAUGUCACUGACAGUCAAUACAUUGAAAGUCUAAUUAAAGGUAGAGGAUAUAAUACUUCAACAUGGGAUCAAUAUCUCUAUGCUUUGUAUAUGACGGUUAAAGACAUUAAUUGUUAUACACCAUCGAUUAAGGAAUCUCUUAGUAGUUACGAUACAGUUUAUAACCCUUCAAGUAUUACAGUUUGUCUUACCAAGAUUCAACCCUUUUAUGAAAAAGAAUAUGAAGAAUUGGAAUCAAACUAUAAAGAAUUAGAAUCAAACUAUAAAGAAUUGGAAUCAAACUAUAAAAAAUUAGAAUCAAACUAUAAAAAAUUAGAAUCUGAAAAAGAGAGUCUUUCAAGAGAUUUGGAAUCAAAAAUUAAUGACAAUGGCGUACUAUCAGAGAAAAAUAUUAAAUUACAUGAUAAAGUAAACAUGUUAAAUACACAAGUGCAAGAAACUGAGAGUUGUUUAAAAAAUUUAAAUAAAAGUUAUGAUGAUAAGAUACGCAACCUACAACGUCAAGUUGAAGAACAGCUUAACCGAAUACGUGAUAAUAUGAAUGAUGAAAAAAAGAGACAAGAAUUAACUUACCAACAGAAUUUGAAUAGCCAAACAGAAAACUUCAACCAAGAAAUAAAAAAAUUAACUGAAGAAGAGAUAAAUUUAAAGAAUGAAAAUUUGUCUCUUAAAAAGGAGUUAGAUGAUAUAAAAACUUUACUUUUUGUUAAGUUAUGUGGUAAAGCAGAAAAGGUUAUUCAGCCAGAAGUUAAAGGACGAGGAAUUGAAUAUAGGAUUGAAUUAAAGCCAAAGAAAGAAAUAUUUACAGUUCCAGUUUCUCAAUCAGAGAAAAGAAAUGGUAAAUUUAAAAUUAAAUUACCACGACUCAUAAUUAAUAGAAAUGAUGAGAAAUUAGAAUAUGAAGAAUUCCAAAUUAAUUUGAACGAUGAAAAAAAAUUCCUUUUUCAAGAAAAAGGUUCAUUUAUUCUUGAUCAAUCACUGAACCUACAAAUAGAUAUUGUAAACGCUAAGGAGAAAGAAGAACCAACCUCCAAACAAAAAAGACAAGAAAGAGACAUUAAAAAUACUGUUGUUGGUGAAGCACAACAACAAAAAAUAAAUAAAGAAGUAGCCAAAGCCUUUGUCCCUAUUGAAAAUUAUCUUUCAGGGAUUUCAUAUACAUUUAAUUAUAAUGGCAGAAAAGUUCCAUUAAGUGUAAGUCUUAAUACUCAAGAAGGUGAAAUUAUUCAAUUAAACACUCAAAAUGGACCAAUAAAUGUUCAAGUGCAUUCUCUUCCUAAUACAACCUAUUGCAGGAAGGAUUUUGAUUUAAUUCAAACGCUCUAUUUCUCAAAAGAGUAUGAAGGUCAAUCAACUGACAUUCCGAUAGAAAUUUAUGAUGGUACUACUGUUGGACCAUAUAAUUUUAAAAUUGAAGAUGGAUGGUAUGUGAUUUGUGAACAAAAAGGAUUCUAUAAUUCUUAUGGAACUAGGGGGUCAUUAAUGCUUCUUGUAAGGCUUUAUGACCAACAACAAUCAUUUAAUUGA